CAAGGGGGGUGGAGUAGUUGGGAUCCAGAAACUUGGAGAAGAGAGGGGAAUAAGAGAGGAAGCUGGCCAGAUCCAGAGCUAUUAUUGGGUGAUUUGGAUGAUUCUUCACCAAAAUGUUAGAGUUGCUAAGAUAUAUCAUAUCUUUCUUGUCUCAAAAUUCUCUGCUGCUACAAGAAAUUAUUUUCAGUGGGAAAGCAGCUAAAAAAAUUCAAUGGGAAAGGAUUUCUAAACGCGCCCUACCUAGCAAUCCAUGGAACAAGUUAAAUUUUGGACGUCCACCAGUCCUCGAGAUCUGCAGCUAAACCAAAUCAUCGUAUAAAUAAGGGAACUCCCGCUCCAAGACCAUCCUUUCAAAUGCAAGCGCAGCUGGCAAUCAAACCGGCGCCUGCAGAAUCCAGCCGGGCAACAGCAGGCGAGGGGCAAACAGAAGUGGGGAAGGGAGCAAGCCAGGGCAAGGAUUAGAUGGCGGAUAGAUGCGCCGCCACGCCCUACCGUUGCUGCCUCCCGUGGCAGGAUCUCCUCUUCGGAUGCCUCGGAGCGCUGUGGCGGCGGCGGGCGGAGGCGGAGUUGCUCGGCGGCGGCCACACCACCUGCCUCUGCGGCCACGCGAUCCUCACGCUGCCCUGCGGCCACAGCUGGCACGAACGCCAGGCCCCGCGGUUCUCCCGCUGCCCGAUCUGCCGUGGGCGCGCGCGCCGCCGAGAAGGAGAGGACGACGGGCGCUCGUGGCCGGUGUACUCGGCCGCCGCCGCAAUCGACGAGCAGGAGCCGCUGGUGCUCUUGCCUCCUCCGCCUUCCAGAUUCGUCCUUGCCAGGGGCAAGGAUGAGGAGGAGAAGGAACAGCCGCCGUCGCCGAGCUCUGUUUGGGGCUCAUCAGGGACACAGGAGCAGUCGUCGUCGAUGACACCACCGUCGUAGGAUACUUCCUGGGCUGCGAAAUCGCGGGGUCUUGAUCGUCUCUUGGUUAGGUUCGUUUAGGUUGCCGCAGUACUACUGAAUUUCCCUAGCCCUUCCUGUUCCUUGGACAUGAUCUUUUACAUACACUACUGUCACAUUGGCGUUAGCUGCGAGCCUGCGAUGAAUAGAUUGGGGUGAAAAUAUUUUCAACGGAUGGUCGGUUCUAGUUCUUGAUUUUUUGGCGUUGUUGAUGAAGGGGUAGUUUAUUGUCUACUGAUGAUGUGCAUUUUCGGAUAAGUUGGUGAUCUGUUCUUAA